AUGGGAAACACCUUAACUGGAGAAUAUCCGAGUAGCUGGGAAGAAGAAGAUGUUCGAAAAUGGAUGAAAGAAGCCGCUCACAUGCAAAAACUCUUCUACACUUUAUUCAAUGGCUCACACUUCGAUGAAUAUCACGAGUUGACCGAAGGCCAGCAGAUCUCGAAAAUAUGCUGUGCAAUCUACGGUCCGCCUCAAAAAGAAGCCGAUGAUAUCGAAAGUGCUUAUACAAAAGAGCAAAGAGAGGAAUCGAAAAAGAUUUUGGAUAAGAUCAAAGAAGUUUGGCGGGAAAGUCCAUCGAAAAAUCGGCCAAAUUUCAGUGUUGGCGUCAUUUUUAUUUGUUGUAAGCAAGAGAAAAACGAGUACACUUUGCCGAUUUUUCGACUAUUAUACAAGAUAAAAGGUAUUGUCCAUCAUUCUCGAUAUAUUGAUACAACAUGCCGUGUUUAUGAAAGUUGGGAUGAUUGGAAGGAGAAUAAUAUGAUGCCAAUGUUGAAAUAUUGUUAUCCAGAAAGGGGUUAUUAUACAUGUUCGCAUGACACGGCAUUUGAAUUUGAUGCUGAUAAAGAUCCGGAUAUUUCAUAUGGAACAUCACCGGCUUGCGAUUUAUCGGCGAGAAUUCUAAGAUCAGCUGAUGCUGUUAUCACAACUGUUGGGAUUACUUUGGGACUUUUAUCGAUGCUAACUCCGGCUGGAAUGUUUACUGGACCUGCGAUGUUGACAACUAUUGGAGGAACUGCUUUGUAUGGUUGUGGAAGAGCAGGUAAAUAAGUUUUCCUGUCGAAUUUCAGGUUAAAUAUACAGUUUUCAACACAUUUUUCUCUACAAAUUCAAAAAAAAGCGUUUUUGCAGGUCAGAGAUUAUAUGACAAAGCAACACACGGUGAAAGUAUGUCAGAUUUGGAAAGUAUUGUAUUAAUCGCCUCAAUCAUCGCCGCUCCUCUCUCAUUUGUCUCUUGUUUGGUCAAUGCAAAACUUGCAGCUGGUGCAGCUCAGGGAAGAAUAUUUUCGCAAAGUACACGAGUUCUAGCGACUGUUCUAUUUAUCACCACUUUCUCACUCGACUCAUUUUUCCUUAUUGUCAAUAUUGCAAACUUGAUUGAUAAAGCUAAGAAAGAUCAACUAACUAAACUUGAUAUUCUACAAUUUUCGAUAAGUUGUUUGUUUUUUGCGAAUACUUUGAUUCAACCGAAGACUGCGAAAGGAGUUAUUGAAAAAGCGCAACAACAAAGAAUUAAUACGAUUGCGAGUGGAAUAAGUGAUGAGCAGGCAAAAGUUGCAUUUGAUAAAUUUUUGAAAAACAAUGAUCAUGGAAAGAAUAUGCAAACGAAUUCGAAAAUUAUUCGAUCUUUGAAUAAAAUCGAAAAUCCCAAUACAUUUUUCAAAAAUAAUGCUGGAAAUGAUAUCAAAAUUGGAGGAAGAAAAGGGAGAACUGUAUUUGUGACUGAUGCGCAGAAUAAUACGAGAAGAGUUAAUCCAAAUGAAAAGUUUGUUUUUUUUUUGAAUUUUCAAAAAGGAAUUGAGGAAUCUUUCUAGACUCUAUUUAAAAUUCGUAGAAUUUCCACGUGGCAACUAUACUCUAGUUGGCGUUUUUUCAAAAAAAAAUGCCACGUGGAUUUUUUGCGCUCUGAUUUUUAUCAAAAAAAAUCUGAAAAAAUUUUUUUUUUCUCAAAAUUCAAUUUUCAUUCAGAAAUUUCAAAACAAAUCUUACUAGACUCUAGUUUAUUUUUUUCAAAAAUGGUUGAAAAUCGACGUGGAAAAUUAUGAAACUAGACUGUAGUUUUAAUACACUGCGCUAUCUUUUUUAUCAAAAAAAUUCCGGAAAAAGUUUUUUUUCAGGAUUACUUACACAACUCAACGUCAAGAAGGAACUCCGAGGAUUCAAAAACCAGGAAAACUCAAAAAAUGUCUUGGAAUCGAACACGAGAAACAUAAAUAUUUGAAAAAUAUGACAGAUCGACAAAAAGGAAGAGUUUCAAAAGUAUUUGGAGGAUCAGCAAAAUAUGAUAAAGAUAUUGUUGAUGUUGCAACAAGAAUCGCAGAUGAUUUAAAAGUUCGAAAUGCUGAUGAAUAUAUGUCAGUUGUUGAAAUUGUUUCAGCUGAAAAACAAAAGAAUCCUGGAGCCAGAUUCAAUGGAAAUGAUUAUUCGAAAUUUGUUGAUGGAAUUCGGAAGGAUUUGCAGAAGGCGACAAGUUUGGCAGCGAAAAAGAAUCGAACAUUUGCUGAUCCUUAUUUAGCCACUUAUCAUUAUCGAAAACAUGGAGAAGAUUUUAUAAGGAAUUGUAAACUUGAAUUUUAUGUUGGCAAAGUGCCGGAGAGAAUUAUUAAAACUGGAAAAUUGACUGAAGUUUGUAAUAUUGAAACUGUUCAACCGGUUGGUUUUUGGGGAAAUUUUUUAACAUUUUUCUACUCAACACUUUUGUUCAGAGAUAGAUUUUGGGGUCAUAAGAACACGCUAAAAAUUUAAGUUACCCAAUGGAGCUCUGAGCCAAGUUCUGGGCUCUCAAAAGUUCCAAAAAUUGUUUCAAAAAUAAUUUUCAAGAGAAAUAAAGUUUCAGAUAUUAAUCGGCAUAGUCGAUUAUCUAAAAGUAGAUCAAUAAAAAAUAUAUUUUCGAAAAAUUUUGAAGUUUUUUAUUUUUGGGCUGAAAAUUCGUUCAUUUUCCCAAAAUCAAAAUUUUUUCCGAAAAUUCAAUUUAUUGAUGGUUUUUGGGUAAAUCGACCACGCUGAUCAUCAUCUGCUACUCAGUUUUUCAUAAAAUUGAUCGAGAAUUGAGUUAUGAUGUGUUUUAUGAGCUAAUUUUGGCAAUUUUUGAACUUUUGAGAGCCCAGAACUUGGCUCAGAGCUCCAUUGGGUAACUUAAAUUUUUAGGGUGUUCUUAUGGCCCCAAAAGCUGCUCAAGAGUAAAAAAAGGUUCCCUUGUAAGGAAAAAAAUCGAAAAAUAACAGACAAAAUUGAAAAAAUCUAGCUUUUUCUUUUCAGGAUGGAACAACUUCAAAUCUAACUCGCAAAACCUAUUUCACACCAAAUGAUGAAAUGUGUGUUGUAAUGGAACACGAAGGAAAACAAACAAUCUCAACAUGUUUCAAAAAUACCGGAGGAUGGGAAGAGCAUUUGAAAAAGUUUCCAAUUACCAAUACAACUCCAAAUCUUCAAAUUGCUUCUGCUGAUUUUGCGCGAAGAAUUGGUCUUCAAACGAUUUCUGUUAGAAUUCAUGAUUCGACUGGAGAAUAUGAUGCGGAAAAAUAUGCAAGUGCUAAUAAGGAUGCGGAAUAUUAUCAAAAUAUGAUUGCACAUCUUUUGGAUGAUCUUUCUGGUUCAGGAGACGAUGAUGGUUAUGAUUCCGGUGAUGAAUAA